UUUCAGUCCAUCUCUCCAGGCUUUCCACAGAAAAACAUUUUGGUUGAAGUGAUGGCACACAUGUAUACCCCUUGGUUUUUCUUCGUUCAAUUGCUAAUCCUAGUUGCAGAGUCUAGAGCCAAGGUUCCUGCAGUCAUUGUAUUUGGAGAUUCAUCAGUUGAUGCCGGCAAUAACAACCAAAUUUCUACCGUCCUCAAGAGCAAUUUCGUGCCUUAUGGCCGUGACUUCACUGGUGGCCGCCCCACCGGGCGGUUCUCCAAUGGGAGAAUUCCCCCAGACUUCAUCUCUGAGGCGUUUGGGCUCAAGCCUACUGUGCCUGCCUACUUGGAUCCUAAUUAUAAUAUUUCCGACUUCGCCACUGGAGUAUGCUUUGCUUCAGCUGGAACAGGCUAUGAUAAUCAGACCUCAGAUGUUCUUUCUGUGAUACCUCUGUGGAAGGAAUUGGAGUACUACAAGGAGUAUCAGAAGAAACUGAGAGCCUACCUUGGGGAAGAAAAGGCCAAUGAAAUAUUGAGUGAGUCCCUGUACUUAAUGAGCUUGGGGACUAAUGAUUUCCUUGAGAACUACUACAUUUUCUCCGGCCGGUCAUCGCAGUAUACCGUCCCACAAUACGAGGACUUCCUAGUGGGGAUCGCCGGGAAUUUCAUCAAGGAGAUUUACAGUCUGGGUGCCCGGAAAGUAUCCCUUGGUGGGCUUCCUCCAAUGGGGUGUUUGCCACUGGAGAGAACCACAAAUUUCUUUGGUGGAAGUGAAUGCAUAGAACGGUACAACAAUGUGGCCAUGGAGUUUAAUGGGAAGUUGAAUACUUUGGUUGGGAAAUUGAACAAGCAGCUCCCCGGAAUCAAGGUCGUCCUGUCCAAUCCCUAUUUCAUCCUCCAGAAAAUCAUCCGGAAACCUUCCUCUUAUGGCUACGAAAAUGCAGCGGUGGCGUGCUGUGCGACGGGGAUGUUCGAGAUGGGGUACUUGUGUAAUCGGUAUAAUAUGCUCACAUGCUCAGACGCCAGCAAAUACGUCUUCUGGGAUUCUUUCCAUCCAACGGAGAAGACUAAUGGUAUCAUAUCUGAUCAUGUGGUGAAGACUGUUUUAAAGGUUUUUCUUUGAUUUUUGUUGUAGCAGAACGUGUGGUAUUGGUCGCCUUCCUAUAUGUCUAAUGGUGUACCGCUCAUGUUCAUAUGUAAAAUUUAGGGUAUCGAUAAUUUUUGGACUAUAAAAUAAUAAGAUUUGGGUUACUAAGUUAUACAAA